UGUCUUUAGCCUCUAGCACUGUUGGUUUGGCUGGGCAGGUCGUCCACACAGAAACCACAGAAGUAGUGCUGACAGCUGACCCCAUAGUAGGGUUUGGGAUACAGCUCCAGGGUAGCGUGUUUGCUACUGAGACCUUGUCUUCUCCACCUCUCAUUUCCUAUAUUGAGUCUGACAGUCCGGCGGAAAGGUGUGGGGUGCUGCAAAUAGGAGACAGAAUAGUAGCAAUAAACGGUAUCCCGACGGAAGACAGCACAUUUGAUGAGGCCAAUCAACUGCUCAGAGACUCCUCUAUCACCAACAAGGUCACUUUGGAAAUAGAAUUUGAUGUUGCAGAAUCAGUUAUACCGAGCAGUGGAACUUUUCAUGUAAAGCUACCAAAGAAGCAUAACGUGGAACUUGGCAUCACCAUAAGUUCUCCAUCCAGUAGAAAACCAGGCGACCCUCUGGUUAUAUCUGAUAUCAAGAAAGGAAGUGUUGCUCACAGAACUGGGACACUUGAACUGGGUGAUAAGUUGCUUGCAAUAGAUAACAUUCGACUUGACAAUUGCUCAAUGGAAGACGCUGUCCAGAUCCUUCAACACUGUGAAGACCUUGUGAAGUUGAAGAUCCGCAAAGAUGAAGAUAAUUCAGAUGAACAGGAGAGCUCUGGAGCAAUUAUUUACACAGUAGAGCUCAAGCGCUAUGGUGGGCCUCUUGGAAUUACAAUCUCUGGUACUGAAGAGCCCUUUGAUCCCAUAAUCAUUUCCAGCCUUACAAAAGGAGGAUUAGCUGAAAGGACUGGGGCUAUUCACAUAGGAGACAGAAUCCUAGCAAUAAAUAGCAGCAGCCUGAAAGGAAAACCUUUGAGUGAAGCCAUUCAUUUAUUACAGAUGGCAGGAGAAACUGUCACCUUGAAAAUUAAGAAGCAGACAGAUGGUGAGUAUGCUACCAGUCCCAAGAAAUUUUCUGUUUCUGUGGGUCACAUAAGUGAACUGAGUGAUGCUGAAGAUGAAACCUCUGCUGCACAGAAAUCUGGCAAACUCUCAGACAUCUAUUCCGCUACAGUCCCAAGCGUUGACAGCGCAGUAGAGUCGUGGGAUGGCUCUGGUGUUGAUACCAGCUUUGGAAAUCAAG